ACUAAGCUAGCGGCGGGGGACACGUUUGGACUACAUUUCCCAUCAGGUUUUGCGGCCUUUAGCAAUCUUUUUUUUUUUUUUAGUGUGUGUGUGCGUGUGUUACGUGUACUACUUUCAACCAACGAAGAGGAGUUAGCUAGACUUGAGGACGGGCGGGCUCCGGGUUCAUUAAUAAAAAAAAAACUGGGUUGUCAUGGCGGAGGCUGCAGCUUGUCCUGUUUUCCGUCUCGGAGGCUCACGCUAUGACCAGGGUUCCUUUCUCGGCCGGUUGAGACAUUUUGUCGACAUCAUCGACCCAAGCACACUCUUUGUAUCUGAGAAACAACUCAAAGAGAGCAUCCGACUCCUGGAUGACUUUAAACACGGAACACUUCCACAAGGAAUCUCCAAUCUUCAGCUGUGGAAAGCCCAAAAGAUAAAACAGGCUAUCAUUCAUCCCGACACAGGCGACAAGAUCUUCAUGCCGUUCCGAAUGUCAGGUUACGUACCGUUCGGAACGCCCAUUGUCAUCGGCCUUCUUCUGCCAAAUCAGACACUGGUGUCCACCAUUUUCUGGCAGUGGCUGAACCAGAGUCACAAUGCUUGUGUCAACUACGCCAACCGCAAUGCCUCAAAGCCAACGCCAACAUCCAGAUUCCUACAAGGUUAUUUUGGAGCUGUAACCAGUGCUGUGUCUAUUGCUGUGGGACUGAAUGUGCUUCUUCAGAAGGCUAAUAAACUGAGUCCUGCCACCAGGAUGAUAAUACAGAGAUUUGUCCCUUUUCCAGCAGUUGCCAGUGCAAACAUUUGCAACGUGGUCCUGAUGAGACACAACGAGCUCUCCGAAGGCAUUGACGUACUUGACGCCAACGGGAACGUGGUGGGCUCCUCCAAAAUUGCUGCCGCGCACGCCAUCGCAGAGACGGCGUUCACACGUGUAGUCCUCCCCAUGCCCAUCUUUGUGCUGCCCCCAAUCAUAAUGUCCUAUCUAGAGAGGCUGCGCUUCCUGCAGAAGAACCGCAGACUGAUGCUGUCCAUACACAGCCUUGUGUGUCUGUUUACGUUUGGCCUGUCGUUGCCUGUGGCCAUCAGUCUCUUCCCCCAGAUGUCACAGAUUGCGGUGUCUCGCUUGGAGCCUGAAAUCGCCAUGUCAACAGAUUGCAACGUGGUGACCUACAACAAGGGUUUAUGAUGGAACAUUAACUUAGAACAUAUGCAUUGUUGAAAAUAGGGCAGAAAAACAGUCUGUCAAGCCUAUUAAUACUUUAAACAUGCAAUAACAGUGUCUGCCACAAGAGAGCACUAAAAAAACCUAAAAUUCUAUUGGGGAAGAUUUUUUUUUUAAAAUUACGUUUCAUUAUGUGUGUAUUAUUUAAUUUAAUUAACGUUUUAAUGUUUUCAUAAUUAAAUACGUUACAUCAGUAUAAAUUAUGCAAUUUUAUCUAAAUCAUAUUUAAUGGAAUUGCCAUAUGCAGUAUGUGCAGGCAAAGCAGUUGUCAUAAUUUUUUAACUGGCUCUAAAGCAGCUAGAGCGUUUCGACCCUUUGAGUCAAUUGAUAAUAUUCCAUCCAUCCAUUUUCCGUACCACUUAUCCUUACUAGGCUCGUGGGUGUGCUGGAGCCUAUCUGAAGCGGGGUACCCCCUGAACUGCCUGCCAGCCAAUCACAGGGCACAUAUAAACAAAGAUUCUUCAAUUAACCUACCGUGGAUGUUUCUGUGAUGUGGGAGGAACCGUAGUGCCCGGAGAAGACCCACGCAGGCCAAAGGAGAACAUGCAAACUCCACACAGGCGAGGCCGUAUUUGAAACUGGAUCCUCAGAACUGUUAGGCAGGUGUUAACCAGUCCGGGUAUGCCGAUUUCCUCCCAAACCCACAAAACAUGCAUGCUAGGUUAAUUAACAGAUUCUAAAUUGCCUCUCGCCCAGACUCAGCUGAUAAAGUCUCACGUGCGCCAGUGACCCUAGUGAGGAUAAGUGGUACAGAAAAAAAUGGAUAGAUGGAUUUGCUAGGUUGUCUAUCAAUGGAUGUAUAUUAUCUUUGCAACAUGAAUUAAUGUUUUUUGUAUAGUAUUAUUGCAACGUAAUAUUGCUCUUUAGCUGUGAGAAGCACUGCAAUAAAUCAUG